AACCGUAACUGUUGAGUUCUGUUCACUGUUAGCUGUUCUAGGUUGUGAAUUUUUGUGGUCGACUAUUGUAUUUUGUAAAAUUACUCGUAUCUAACGAUCCUCUGUACAUUUCCAGAUCAUAUUCAUUAAUUAAAAUGGCUGACCAAAACACUAAUCCAUUUACACAGGAAACCACAGUGAAAACAACUCCAGAAAGAACACAGCUUUCUCAAAGUAAUCAUGCUGUAACGAUAAGAUUACAGAAAGAACUCAUGGCACUUAUGAUGAAUGCGGAAAAAGGCGUGUCCGCAUUCCCAGAUGGAGAGAAUCUGUUCAAAUGGGUUGCUACUAUAAUAGGACCAGACGGAACUGUGUACGAAGGAAUCACUUUUAAGCUGUCUCUGGAAUUUUUGUGCAACUACCCUUACGUUGCGCCAAUUGUUAAAUUCAUAACGCCCAUUUUUCAUCCAAAUGUUGAUCUCAAUGGUAAUAUCUGCCUCGACAUCCUCAAGGAGAAAUGGUCAGCCUUGUACGACGUUCGGACAGUUCUGCUCUCUGUGCAGUCACUACUUGCAGAACCAAACAACGAUAGUCCACUGAACCAAGCUGCAGCUGAACUGUGGCCGAACCAGACUGAGUUCAAGAGGUCGUUGGAAGCUUUAGUGGCUAUGAGGAAAGAAGAUAGCUCAUAGUUGAUUUUCCAUACUUGCAGAGACGAACCAUUCGUGGAGAUAAUGCACAUCUACGUUGUGGUUUUCAAGCUCGGAAAUGAUGAACAAUUACUAUAAACUAAGUGUUAUAUUGUACAUGUUACCUGCCUUUGAUAUUGUUAGAAAAAUGUUACGUUCUCUCUUCAGAUGAUUUGUUGUAUGAUGAAAGCCCAAAGACUUUUGGAUUUUCUUUGAUUUGAAACGUUUUCCAUGUAUGGAUGGAAUUCUUAAUCUUGAUUUGCUUUUUGUGUCAUUCAACAAUAAUACUCAUCGGCUAUACAUAUUUCAGUCUGUGACUGCGUUAAUUUAAUUGAUUAAUUUCUGAAGUUCAUGCUAUAUUGAAAAGAAUUUUGUGAUUGCGUUAAUUCAAUUCAUUUCAUCUAUUAAAAAAUGCCGCAUUAUCUAAGAUAUAAAUAUAUAUCUUUUGUUUUUACUUAUAAACAUGCAAAAAUGGAUUAUGGCAGCUUAAGCAUAUUUCCCAUAAAAUUAAAAUAAGUAAAAUAUUGAAAUUCUGCAAUGUAAGCAUCUACCGAAAAGGAGUUGAAUUUAUUUCAAUAUAACAAUAUGUACCAUUAUAAUCUCUCAAAAGUAUAAAAAUGAUUUGAUUUCCUACACAGAAAUUUAUAAAUAGCGUAAAAAUAAUAAUCCUACAAAAAUACUGUGUUAUAAUUAGUGUUUCUUAUAUUUCAUUACUGUUCCAGAAGACUGUUUUAUUUUUCAUUAGCUGUGUCACUACUUACAAUAUACAUCACACAAAUGUAUUAUAGCGUAAAAAUAAUAAUUCUAAUAUUUCCCACUUAUAGGACAUAGUAUAAUUUUCCCAAUGUGUGUAUUUCUGUUUCAUUUAUUACUGCUGUUAGGAGACUGCUUUAUUUUUCAUUAGUUGUCUCACUUUGAUGACAUAUAGCGCUCACAGUACAAAUGUAUAAAAAUGAUUUUAUUCCCUACUCAUGAAUCUACUAUAGUGUAAAAAUAAUCUUACAUAUUCCUGUUUACAAACAAGACAUAAUGUUAAAUUGUCAAUUGGUGUUAUUUCUGUUCAAUUAAUGUUCCCGAUCAAUUAAUAAUACUUUAUUUUUCAUUACUUGUGUCAUGUCAAUGACAUUACCACAUGCAUCACAAAAAUGUAUUAUAGCGAGAAAAUAACAAUUUUACAAUCUCAUUUAUACAUAUAGGACUUCGUAUAGAUUUGCCAAUUUGUGUUAUUUCUGUUUCAUUACUGUUCUAGAAGACUGUUUUAUUUAUCAUUAGUUCUGUCACUUUAAUGGCAUAUAGCGCUCACAGUACAAAUGUAUGAAAAUUAUUUGAUUCAAUACUCAGAAAUUUAUUAUACAGUAAAAAUAAUAAAAGAAGAUUUUCGUUAUUUGUAAAAACUUAAGGCGAUAACACCAUCAAUAUCAUAAUUAAUGAAAUGAAAUGAAAAAAUUCUUUAUUAGGCGGUAAAUUAAUCUUAGUAAUGUACUGACAGAAGUGUAUUUAACUACAUUAUUAUCAAUACUGAAAUUUAGUGUGAAUUCUAUUAAUUUGCUGUUUCUAGGACACCUAUUAACUGGACCAUGUUGAAACUAUAGGUUAAUGGUCUAUCACAUUUAAUAAGAAUCCUAAAAACCAGACCUAAGAUCAUUACUACAAAUAAGUAUCUGUUUAUGCAAUUUAAAUUUUAGUUAUCUUUUCUCAGAAUAAUCCCAUGUUUUGCAUUUAUAAGUUGAAAUUGAAUAUUUUGUGAUCUUAUUUUGAUAUGUUUUUGCAGCGUAAUUAUUUGUAGGUUGCUAUUUAGGAAGAGGAUUCCAAGGCUAGUAUUUUGUUACUCCAUUAAAUGGAUUUUUGUACUCAUUGAUAUUUUCUUCAAUUCAUUAUAGUUCAUUGAUAUUUUCUAGUGUAGCCUACAAACCUAUUGAUUUUCGUCAAAAUUUUCAAAAAUUUUGUAUAUAAUUAUAAAUAAAGAGUUAUAAUAAAACUUA